UAACCACGGUUAAGUUCGCGUGCUUCUCAUUUCCUCAACCCUGGUCAACAUAAUCUUCCCCCUCCUCUUAUAAACCACCACCCCCGCACGAUCGGAGAAGAAGACACCACGCAGCAAAAGAUCACAAGGACUCGCAGUCGCAGCACAGAAGCACCCAGUCGAAAGCAGAAUUCGGCAGGCAAAAGGGCAAGCAGCCGCCGUUAACGGCCCGCCGACAGAGCUCGACGAAUCGAGGGGAGAAGGCCGGAGGGGAAGAGGUGGCGGAAGAAAUGGCGGCGGCGAUGUACGUGGACGAGGAGGAGGUGUGGAAGUGCGCGAAGCACCCCACGCGGCGCCGCCGCAGCGGCAUCUGCCCCAAGUGCCUCCGCGAGAGGCUCGACGGCCUCUGCCCCGACUGCGCCAACCUCCGCCCCUGCAGCUGCUGCGCCUCCCUCAACUCCUCCUCCUCCUCCUCGUCCUCCUCGUUCUCGCGGUUCUUCACCGGCGAGCCGGCCGGGGCCGCCGUCGGGAAGGUCUCCAACCUCAUCGACUCCGAGCCCUCGUUCCGCCGCUCCCGCUCCGUCGCGGUCUCCUUCUUCCGGUCGCGGUCGAAGUUCGUGAGGGACCUGGACGCCAACGGGGACGGGGACGAAGGCGGCCGCCGGCAGCGACCCGCGGACUCGCCGCACCGGACGCCGUCGUUCUUCGGCCUGUUCCGGAGAGACAAGAGCAGGAGAGCCGGACCCGGCGCCGGAGCCGAGGCUGCGGAGCGCGCGUGCGGAGGCGACUACGACGACGCGGCGUCGGAGAGGGCAACGAUGAUGAGGAAGUCAAGGUCUGUGGCGGUGGGUUCGAACCCGCUCGGCGGCGUCGGCGGAGGGGCCGCGCCGGCGAAGGGGAGGAGCUGGCAUUUCCCGAGCCCGAUGAAGGUGUUCCGGCAGCCGAAGAUGACGAAGGUGAUGGGCCAGGAGCGGUCGCCGUUGUACAGGGGUUGAAUAUCGAAUCGCAUUAAAUUUCCUGCAUACAUAAUACUGAGUUUUUGAACGAGCGAUGCUGCUGUCGUGGGUUGUAUUGUAUUGUAUCCGUGAUGCUAACAGAACACGUAGAAAUCGAAAUUCCCAAAGGCAAAGGCAAUAACGUUUUCAUUUCACUUCACUUCGUCCGGUUCUGCCUUCAUCUUCUUGAGAUUUUUUCAACCGACGAUCACUGAUAAGCUUAGAACUAAUGGGAUUUACAGUAGUUGGUGUAUAAGAAUAAAACCCAUGAAGGGUCGACGUCAGAUUUGUCGAGAAAUUCAUCAACUGAUUGUAAUUGUACCAUGCA